AUGGGCGACCGCGGCCACAAGCGCGCCUACCUCUACCACUGGACCUACGAGGCCGACUGGUUCCCCAACCACUACGGCGCCUGGCACAACGAGGACGUCGUCUACCUCACCCAGCAGGGCUGCGUCCUCAACGCCCCCACGCCCUACUGCAACGUCUUCACCCCGCAGACCACCCCUGCCAGUAUGCCCCUCGUUUCCAAGCUCCAGGGCUUCUGGUCCGCCUUCGCUGCCAAGGGCAAGCCCGAUGUGCGCGGCUGGGACGCCUACACCCACGUUGUGGGCAGGAAGGGUAAACCCCACUACCUCUCCAUCGAAAGCCCCACCUCCUUCCAGGUCAAAAGCUCGCCCAUCCAGGUCAGCCAGUGCGCCUUCCUCAACACAAGGGUGUAA